UGGAACGGCGGGAGUCAUUUCCCCCUGUGUGGCUGUAAAAUUAGAAUUCCAUUUCGGACAAUCGCUUUAUCCAGCCUAUAUCAGCCAUGAAAAGUCAUAAAACCCAACGGAACCCGACGCGACGCGGCCGGAUUUGAAUCAGCACGACCGGUGAAAGGCAUUGCGCUUGCGGCUAACAAACUAAAUUUAGGAGAUUUACUCGUUUUACGCACAGCCAUUGUGUUCGAACGGGUCAUUGUAAUAACUUCUAGAUUCUGAGGACGAAAGAGGAAAUCGCCAGCGAGUGGGGUGGGGAUAUUCGCAUACGCUACAGGAGAGCAGGUAUAAAGAAGUUCACAGGGCACUCAACUCACUUCACACUCUAAUAAAUGUGUUGCACCGGCCCUGUCAGCGUGUAGAGCCGCUGUGCCGGGGAUGAGCAAGACUUUGCGCUGCUCGCUGUGUGUGUCCAGCUCCUCUCUGCCGUCUCACUGCUAUGGUCGUCCACAUACGCGGAUGCAAUUUCAGCACCACCGACAGCUCCCUCCCCAGCUCCAGCUCCAGCUUCAGCUUCAGCACCGACGCCACAUCGCGGGACUCCACGGCGCCUCAGAACCCAGGUGGGCUGAGCCGAACCGGCCACACGGUGGUGGCAGUAUGUCUCGGCUUCAUCCUCGUGGCGGGAAUCCUCAGCAACCUUCUCACUCUGCUCAUAUUCGCAAAGUUUCGCUGCCUCUGGACGCCCAUCAACCUCAUCCUGUUGAACAUCAGCCUGAGCGACAUCCUUGUGUGCGUUUUCGGCACACCGUUCAGUUUCGCUGCGAGCCUGCACGGGAGAUGGCUCAUUGGAGAGUACGGCUGUAAGUGGUACGGGUUCGCCAAUUCCCUCUUUGGGAUUGUGUCUCUGGUGUCCCUGUCCAUUCUCUCCUACGAGCGCUACACCACGGUGCUGCAUUCCUCCCAGGUGGACAUCUCGGACUUCAGGAAGGCCUGGCUGUGUAUCGGAGGCUCCUGGCUCUACUCUCUCCUCUGGACGAUGCCGCCUUUGCUGGGUUGGAGCAGCUACGGGCCAGAGGGUCCCGGCACAACUUGUUCGGUCCAGUGGCACGUCCGUUCACUUUCCAGCGUGUCAUAUGUGUUGUGCCUGUUCAUCUUUUGUCUAGUGCUGCCUCUUCUGCUCAUGGUCUAUUCCUACGGCCGGAUCCUGAUUGCCAUUAAGAGGGUGGGUAAGAUCAAUCUGCUGUCAGCUCAACGCAGAGAGCAGCACAUUUUGUUGAUGGUGUUGUCCAUGGUGUCCUGCUACAUGCUCUGCUGGAUGCCCUAUGGUAUCAUGGCACUGAUGGUCACCUUCGGAAGAUCAGGACUGGUCACUCCCAUAGCAAGUGUGGUGCCCUCCAUCCUGGCCAAGUUCAGCACUGUUGUCAACCCCAUCAUCUACGUGUUCUUCAACAACCAGUUUUAUAGUUGCUUCGUGGCCUUCAUGAAGUGCACCGAGAAACCCCUGUCCAUUCAAACAGUGGAGCACCCAACUCAGAGGACACAGCUGUCGGGUUUCUUCCACGGCCACAGACAGACUUCACUCAGCACUUCACAACCUCAGGUCAGAAGCCCGAGGAAAGAGGCCCCCUGCAGCCGGCACAGUGACCCCCACACCGUUUUUGUCCACUACACUCCAUAAAACUUUUUUUUCGGAUUUCUCAACCUCCUAACUGUAAAUUUUUUUCAUUGUCCAGAAUCCAAAGUGCAACUAAAACACAAUGCUGUUAAUUUCACAGUAAAGAUAAAGUCCAGUUCUUUGAAUGUAUAGCAAACACGGUGCUAUGUGGGCCAACAUUUGCUUUCAUUUUUGUUUAAUUUGGUCAUGUGCUGACCUCCCAUAUAUGCAACUGUCUGUGUAUACAGUGUAUUUUGAGGAAAGGCUGUCAGAACACAAGUUGAAGCUGACGAGAGAUCUGGAAAGAAAGUCAAAACCAAUGAUUGUCAUGCCUUACAUUAAAUAAAACCCUGCCCGAA